GGGUAAGGAACGCGUAUCAAAAUGUUUACACAAAUAGUUAAUUAUUGAACGGUAAUAAAAGAAUAACAAACUUGUGACAGUAGUUAAAAUCUUAGAUAUAUGAUCUAAGGUUAAAAUAGUGAAAAGACAACAUGGUGAUGGUACAAUUGCUGUAGUUCUGUGAUAUCGACGAACUGUCGUAUUCUUAAAAGAUUUUUGUAAUAAUUUGCUAUUAUCCAAAGAUAAAAUAAAAGUGUAAGCUUAAUUGAACAAAGGAAAAGAAACACAACUGCGGAAAUAUGACAAUGGGUGAUGAAACUCCAGUAACAUCCCUAAUGUUACCCAUUUUGAUACGUCCCAUCUUAUCCCAAUCAUUGCAGCUAGAAAGGCGAGAUGUUUCUGCAUCGCAAACACUUCGGUCUGCAUUAUCAAAAGCGGAAGCUGCCCAUCCCGGUUUGACAUAUGAUUUUGUUAUUGGGAUAAUGCGAAGAGCAGAAAUCACAGUCAACAUGAAUGAGGGUAUUUUGAGGCUUCAAGGAGCUAUAUCAGACUCGGACAUUGAAUAUCGUCUGAAUCGAUCCGAAGAUGCCUUUCAAGAAUUAAACAAAAAGUCUGCCUCAUUAAAAAGAAUUUUAAGUAGAAUUCCGGAUGAAAUUACCGAUCGUAAGACAUUUCUGGAAACCAUCAAAGAAAUAGCAAGUGCAAUAAAGAAGUUGUUGGAUGCAGUGAAUGAGGUGAAUGGUUUUAUUCCUGGUCCCGCUGGAAAACAAGCACUUGAGCAACGAAAACGGGAAUUUGUAAAGUACUCCAAAAGAUUUAGUAACACACUUAAGGAAUAUUUUAAAGAAGGACAAGCGAAUUCAGUGUUUGUGAGUGCAUUAUAUCUAAUACAUCAAACAAAUAUGAUUAUAGCGACAGUUAAGCAUAAGUGUGAAUAAUUUUUUUGUAUAGAACUAUAUUUCGUUAUCUUUCCUUGCAUUAAUUUUAACACGGUUGUGGUGUAAAAGUAUUGUAGCGAUAGGCUUCAAAAUAAUUGAUGAUUACCCAGUUUUACAAACGAUUAUUUAAAAUAGAAUGGAUAACAUUUUACGUAAUAAUCAAACGUGACUAUUUUUAAUCAUUGAUUAUGGUUUGUGAAGCUGGGCGGAUGUAUAAUAAAUGUACCAAAUUUUGUUUAAGAUGAGUACGUGUAAUAAUUAAAGAUAUUUGAUUAGUCA